GCAGGCGUUAAAAGCUUUAAAACCCACCUAAAAAAGAUCGCCAAAGUGCAAAAAUUUACCUUCGAAGAAUUUGCUACCCUAUUAACCCGCAUCGAAAGUUGUUUAAACUCUCGCCCAAUAAGCCCCACAAACGACGACUCAUCAGACUUGGAACCAUUGACUCCAGGACAUUUCCUAAUAGGUACUCCAAUACUAACACCAGCCGAACCCAACUUAGAGGAUGCUAACUUAAGCAUCAUUAACAGAUGGCAGAAAUUGAAAAUACUUUACCAACAUUUCUGUAAAAGAUGGAAGGAAGAAUACCUUAAGGAACUCCACAGACGUUAUAAAUGGAAAUACCCCCAGCGUAACGUUGAAGUAAAUGAUCUUGUUGUCAUUCGAAACGAAAACACAUCACCAAACGAGUGGAAAUUAGGCCGAAUCGAAAAGGUGUUUUUCGGUUUGGACAAUAAUACACGAGUGGUUGAAAUCCGCACUGCUCAAGGCACAAUAACCCGCCCCAUUACAAAAAUUGUAAUUUUAAGUACAGAAUAACUUAACAGUUUUCUUUCUUUUUAGAGAAAUGGCACCAACCACCAUUAAAACAUUAAACGCUCGUCGAAAUAGCCUCACGUCCACCAUACGGUCCCAUAGUGUAACCCGUAGCAUUACACCAACGCCUGAAAAUGAAACAAUGUCGCGACGCAUUCGACGUUUCCAAACAACUCUACCCACUAUUCGAGAAGAAAAUGAAAAUUAUCACCACAAGACCCGUAAAACUAUAACCCACAGAGGAAUUACUCAUCGUCACGUUGCUUGCGGAUUAUGUAAAAAGGAUCACCGGUUAGCCACUUGUACCAUGUACUUGUCGGUUAACAUAUAUAAAAAGUACGAAGUUGUCAUCAAAUAUCGAUAUUGUGUUAAUUGUCUAGCCAGGUCCCACAAGACAGAAGAAUGCACAAGUAAGAACCGAUGUUCCACUUGCAAUGGCAAGCACCACACAUCCCUACAUGGACACCCCAGAUUAUACACGGAAAAUGAAGGAAAAAUAGUAGAGAAACCAGUAUCUCAAAAACAUCCAAUAGAGACCCGAUUACCAUCCUUGCUGGCUAAACAAAUGCUAAUACCCACAACAAUUAUCCGAUUGAAAUGCGAUGGUAUGUGGCACAAAGUUCGAGCCCUCUUAAACCCGACCCUCAAAAUAACAAACAUAGCGGCCGAACUUGUAAAAAAAUUGAAACUUCCAAUAACAUACCUCAACACAUAUCGCAUCUGCAACAUACAAAUUGGAUCAAUUAAUGAUGACAAAUUUCGUUCUGAAUGCCACUCGAUAAUCACGCAGCAGUUACCCAAAAAACCUUAUGAGCAGGACUUAAGUGACGAUGUUCAAACACGCUUUGACCAUUUAGUCCUCGCUGACCCACACUUUUAUACCAACAGAGAAAUGAUGAUUGAAAUUGGAGCAGAUGUAUACCCACACAUUAUCCGAAGUGGAUUGUUUACCCCUGAUAAUGGUACAGUGGUAGCACAAAAUACAGCAUUCGGCUGGACCCUCACUGGAACCCUAUGAUAACGAAGUACCCUAAAUACUGCAAGGCGGCCGGCAUGUUUAGCGCAAACAAAUACUCCUCUGCAUUACUAUCAAAUACUCCGAAAAGUAAUAGAGAUGUAAUGCAGAGGAGAUAAACCGCCACAAACUUCACUAACAACUUUUGCAACAAAACAAUACCCGAUGAGUUACAAAAACACUUCAACAAAUUCGUAUUCGUACAUAAAAUCCCGCGCAAAUCGCAAGUGAAAUCAGCAAGUGGAAACAAAAUAUUUAACAAAAAGGAAAAAUUAAACAUCAACUCAACCCUAAACGUGAAAACGGAGACAACAGAAAUUCGACAUUAAUUUGCGAAUAUCAAAAGGAGAAUAUCCCCAACAACCACACAUUAAUCAACAUUAAACAACACAAGGAAUUAUUCAUAUACAACACAGGUUAUUAUAAUAAAUUUAUACUAACAUUGGAUACUAAUUAAAUAUACAUAAAACAAUUAACAAAUAUUGUAAAAUCACACCCUCACAUAUAUUUGAU